AGGCUCAUUUUGUACUGCAGGGGAUGUCUGCCGAUCAUUUAGGAGACGUCUUUGCAACCCAAAUGCUUAAUUUCAGGUGCAGGGACUGAGUGAGGGCAGAUUUGUUUUGCUCUGAGUGGUUUUCAGCUUGAUGGUUAAUUGAAAAUGCUUUCUGCAAUUACUAACCCAGCUUCCACAGAAAGUAUUGUGUCCAAUGAAUGUACUUGAGGUUUCCAUUCAUCAGGUAAUGUUUAUUUUUAAUUUUUGUUUUCUCUCUCUGUAUGAUUUAGUUUAUCUGGCUCUCCCUGAAUGUUUUGCUUUUCUGGAAAGCCUUCCUGCUGUAUAACCAAGGGCCAGAGUAUCACUACCUCCACCAGAUGUUAGGGGAUUGUGUCUAAGCAGAGCCUCCGCAUCUGUUCUUAACCUCAACUGCAGCCUUAUCCUUUUACCCAUGUGCCGGAUGCUCCUGGCUUACCUACGAGGAUCCCAGAAGGUUCCAAGCAGGAGAACCAGAAGAUUGUUGGAUAAAAGCAGAACAUUCCAUAUAACCUGUGGUGUGACUAUAUGUAUUUUUUCAGGUGUGCACGUGGCUGCCCAUCUGGUGAAUGCCCUCAAUUUCUCAGUGAACUACAGUGAGGAUUUUGCUGAACUGAAUGCAGCGAGAUACCGAGAUGAGGAUCCUAGAAAACUUCUCUUCACAACUGUUCCUGGCCUGACAGGGGUCGGCAUGGUGUUGGUGCUCUUCCUGAUGGUUACAGCUUCUACAUACGCAAUACGAGUUUCCAACUAUGACAUCUUCUGGUAUACUCAUAAUCUCUUCUUUGUUUUCUACAUGCUGCUGAUGUUGCAUGUUUCAGGAGGGCUGCUGAAGUAUCAAGCUAAUUUAGAUACCCACCCUCCUGGCUGCAUCAAUCCUAAUGGAACCCGCUACCAGCAUGUUCACUUACCAGACCAUGGCUUGGAACAUUUUCAUGAAUCUUUCCCUGGAGGACCUUCAAAACCAGAUGAACUUACCCAAAACAGAUCCGUGAACAUUUGUAUGGAAGAGCCCAGGUUUCAAGCUAAUUUUCCACAGACUUGGCUUUGGAUUUCUGGACCUUUGUGCCUGUAUUGUGCUGAAAGACUUUACAGGUGUAUCCGGAGCAAUAAACCAGUUACCAUCAUCUCGGUCAUAAGCCAUCCCUCAGAUGUCAUGGAAAUCCGAAUGAUCAAAGAAAAUUUUAAAGCAAGACCUGGCCAGUAUAUUAUUCUACAUUGUCCCAGUGUGUCUGCGUUAGAAAAUCAUCCAUUUACCCUUACAAUGUGUCCUACUGAAACCAAAGCAACAUUUGGGGUCCACCUUAAAAUAGUAGGAGACUGGACAGAACGGUUUCGAGAUUUACUACUUCCGUCAUCUAAUCAAGACUCCGAGAUUCUGCCCUUCAUUCAAUCUAGAAAGUAUCCCAAGCUAUAUAUUGAUGGUCCAUUUGGAAGUCCAUUUGAGGAAUCGCUGAACUACGAGGCUAGCCUCUGUGUGGCUGGAGGCAUUGGAGUAACUCCAUUUGCAUCAAUACUCAACACCCUGCUGGAUGACUGGAAACCAUACAAGCUUAGAAGAUUAUAUUUUAUUUGGGUGUGCAGAGACAUCCAAUCCUUCCGUUGGUUUGCAGACUUACUCUGUGUGUUACAUAACAAGUUUUGGCAAGAGAACAGACCUGACUAUGUCAACAUCCAGCUGUACCUCAGUCAAACAGAUGGGAUACAGAAGAUAAUUGGAGAAAAAUAUCAAGCACUGAAUUCAAGACUUUUUAUUGGACGUCCUCGGUGGAAACUUCUGUUUGAUGAAAUAGCAAAAUGUAACAGAGGGAAAACCAUUGGUGUUUUCUGCUGCGGACCCAAUUCAAUUUCUAAGACUCUUCAUAAACUGAGUAACCAAAACAACCCAUAUGGGACAAGAUUUGAAUACAAUAAAGAAUCUUUCAGCUGAAAGUCUUUGAGAGGAACCAGGACUCUGAACAAGGAAUGAGUGCAAUUUCUAAGACUGAAGCUCAGCUGAAUCAAGUAGCUGUGUCAUGCCAAAGAGUAGCAAGGUUUUCUUAUUUAUGAUUAUUUAAAAUGGAAAUGCAGAGGAUGUGGCAAGAUGACAGGUCACAUUACAUGUUUAAUCUGGAAACCAAAGAGGCCCUGAAGAAUAGUUGCUGUGAUGAUUCACUUUUCAGUGCUCAAAUGAAAACAAAACUAUUAGAUGCACACUGUUGAUUUUUAUGGCAGAUUCAAGAACUCCCUAGUGAGGUGCCUCACUUGCUCACUGUGAGACUGAUAGCCGUGGUCCUCUUUGAAUUGUUUUUGGUUGAACAAAUGCAAGAUUGAAUGAAAUUAAAAAUGCAUUGAAACUCAGAUUACAUUUUCUACGUGAGUAUAAACAGAGUAGUUUUGAUUUAGGAAAGCUCCAGGCAAAUGUAGUAGAUGUUUGAAAAUACAGCACAGGACUCUGUAUUAAUACGGGUACUUUGUAUCUCCUCUUCCUUACUACUGACGCUAAUACCUCUGUUUGAUGUCUGUGGCCUUAAUGCUGAAUGAACUUUGGUAGAUGUUGAUAGAGUAUCUAUUUUUAUGUUUUUCUUUCUUCUUUUUUCCUCUAUGGAAAUCUGCCCUCCUUUGCAUGCAUUAGACAUGAUGAUUUAAUAGGUCCUUUUCAUCUGCAAUUUACUUAAUCUAUUUCUGUUGCAAUAGUAAUGGGGAAAAUAUCAUUACAGUAAAUCAUAAAAGGAUAUAUAGACUAAUAACUUUUCCCAUUGCUCAGCAUUUUGGCCUCUGUUAUUUUUAUUUACUUUUUUCCCCAGCAUAGAUUGUCUUAUUUUUCACCUCUGAAGGUACUUUGUUUAAUUUGCACUUUGAGACCGGAGAGCACUGUGUCUCUCAGUGGUCACUGUGAUGUAAGAUAUCUCUCUUUUGCCACAUAUUGGUUUAUACUGGAGACAUUGAAAGUGCAGCCACAUUCCUGAACAACAAGAGGAAAUACUUCAUUAAUUAUUUGAAUUUAAGUUCAGAAUCAGGAAUAUUAUUUGUUGCACCAUCUGGUAUUUUGGGUCUUGAUGGGAAAUUAUCGAGUUUAAAGUCACUGUUGGGACGAUACUGCAUAAUCCUAUCACUUUAUGCUCACUGGCCAUUAUAUUCUUGGCUCAGAGGAAAACUCCAUUUCCCUACUUUAAGAAUUAAGUCAUUUUUUUGCAGUUUAGUGAUUUUAUUUUGUAGACAUCUAUCAACUGCUAUCAGAUAGAGCACAUUGCUGAAAUAAGCAGAAUGACUUAUCUUGCCUUUGUUAAAAUUUUGCGUGGUUUCACAGAACAUGAUAGAUGCUACUGUCAUUUUUUCUCUGAUUCACCAAUAGCAAUCAAGCAUGAUAAACCAUCUAGCAUUGAAUGCCCAUGAACAUAUUACUUAUAGAUAUUUCUUCCUUCCCUUGGAAUUCUUUCUUCUUCCUUCUGUGGAAGGAAGGCGAGUCAGAAAAAGAUAUGGGAAAUGUGCAAUAUUCCUACAGAUUUAGCUCUGAAGGCAUAUUUGAUAACCAGUACAUCUUGGCAACACUUUCUAAACUAAAAAGAAUUUUCAUAAAAACACAUAACAGAAAGAACAAGUAAAAAGAAAUUUGAGUUAGUACAGGCUUGAUGUGCAAUACUGACUCUUUGCUGAUCAUAGUUUAUUGAUGUGAUUAUACUAAUACCCCUAAUUUCAGUAAAAGAGGUGGAAGAUUUUUUCAGAAAAGGAAACAUCUUUCCAGGUAGGUCUGCUAUUCUAGAUGAACAGCCCUGUCUCUUUGAAAUUCUAGUUGAUGUUCAAACAUGAAAUGUUAAAUACAGGUCAUCUUUGCUUCUAUAGGUAGUAAUAAAAUUAGGUUUUCAUCAUGCAUGUAGAAGAGAGUUUUGUUUUGUUUUGAGGGAUUUUUUUUCUCUGGGGCUAUGCCUUGUCCUACAGGUCUUAAAACAGUCAUGUCAGUGGCAAUAAAUGUUAAAAUUGAAAGGGUAUCAUGAGAUCUCUAUAAGCAUGCUUUACCUUUGCAACAAAUAAAGCAGGCAGUGUUUUUUCACAAGAUGAGGCAAAUUGAAGAAACAAUCUAUUUGCAUCUACACUAGCAUGAGAGCCUUAGGAGUUUGAGUUCUACAGCUGUGGAUGUCACUGGCCCAUGGUGUAACUGUGGCAAGUUGCUCCCACUUUGGGAUUAAGAUUUCUUGUUUGGACUAGAUCAGUAGUAUUAAUCUUUUCUGGGUAAUGUAUCUUUUUGAGAACCUGAUUAAAAGUGAAUAUAAUGACAUUAAUGCAAAAUAUUACAUACAAUUUUGGGGAGCCCACAAUCUCCCCAAUUUAAGAACCCAAAGCGAGGACCCCAAUUUAAGAACCUCUGAACAAAAUAAUCCAUCACUCUAGAUCUUUCUACGUAUACAUUUUUUGUGAUUUUUUUUUUUGCAAGAAACUAUCCAUUUUUGUAAGAUGAUAGUAGGAAAUUAACUCUGUGGACAAGGAAAGGAAAUUCUCUUUAUAUGCCCUCAAACAGAGAAUCCAACAGAACAUUCCCUCAGUUUUUAAUUUUAGAUCUCCUGCUUUAUGCAAGGGAAGGCUGUGAUUUUACAUAUCCAUAAUAAUAAAAGACAGAUUCAUAUACAUGCAUGCAUGCAUACAUACAUACAUACCACACAUGUAUUCAUGGCUUACUUUUCUUUUUCUUUUUUUAAAUCAGGUUAAAAAAGAAAUGAUAGUUUAUUGUUUUGUUUUUUUUUUUUUCAUUUAGCAACUUAAAAUGUCAGCUGGGUGACUGUUAUAACAAAAGCACUUAAAACAAAAAAUAAAAGCAAUAUAGACAAAGCAUAGGCUGAAUUUAUUUAAUCUCUAUAUCCAAGUUACUUACAACUCCUCAAAUCACUGUUUACUUGGAGCAUUCACAGCAGGUAACACUGAAAUCAUAAGGCAUUGCUAAAGAGGCUGGUCAGAGGCAAAUGGCCAUUGUCAUCAACAGAUAAUGCUAGUGCCUAAGAAUGUUUAUGAUAUUAAAGAGAAAAAGAGAAAAAAAAACUUAAGAAAAAAAUUUUUUCCUUAAGGUUAACCCAGCUUGAAUGGUGUUGUUGUUUUUUUUUUAAUUUUUUAUUGUUAAUCACCAUACAUUACAUCAUUAGUUUUUGAUGUAGUGUUCCAUGAUUCAUUGUUUGUGCAUAACACCCAGUGCUCCAUGCAGAACGUGCCCUCUUUAAUAUCCAUCACCAGGCUAACCCAUCCACCCACCCCCUCCCCUCUAGAACCCUCAGUUUUUUUUCAGAGUCCAUCGUCUCUCAUGGUUCAUCCCCCCCUCCGAUUCCCCCCCUUCAUUCUUCCCCUCCUGCUAUCUUCUUUUUUUUUUUCUUAACAUAUAUUGCAUUAUUUGUUUCAGAGGUACAGAUCUGUGAUUCAACAGUCUUGCACAAUUCACAGCGCUCACCAUAGCACAUACCCUCCCCAAUGUCUAUUGGUGUUGUUGUUUUUAAACAAACUGAUGAGACACAUUUUUAAGUGCUACUUAUGAUAAACAUUCCAUUUUGUGUGCAGCCCAGGACAUUUUCAUAUCCAGUAAUGUUAUAGAAACAUAAAAGGCUGAAGUUAGGAGUACUUUUAUUUUGUGGUCGAGAACACCUAGUUAUAAAGGGAAAUGGUAGCUUGCCUGGUCAUCCACUGGGUGAGAUGUAUGGCACAGGGGAUACAUAGUCAUAUCGCAGUAAUGUUAUGGUGACAGGUGGUGACUGCACUUAUUGUGGUAGGGAGAAAAGUCAUCCACUGAGUUUGUCGCAGAGCUGAAACUGGAGUUCAGCUUUCCUCCUCUCUGCUGCUCAAGGGCACUUUCCACCUCCCCAUGACAUCCACAUCUAAUAAGACGCAUCUGGUCCCAUUAGUUCGCUGUAAACUCUAUUUAGUGCAAGGUGGAAAAUAAGGUACUAAGUGUUAAUUCCAGAUUCAAAUGUAGAAAAUCACACUCUUCUUCCCUAUGUAUCUUCUGAUUCUAAAUGUGUUAGUCUUUUAUGUUUUGCCAAUUAGAACCUAUUUCCAGAAAUCAGUUUUAAAAUAUGGCAAUUCCGCAAACAAUGAAUCAUGGAACACUACAUCAAAAACUAAUGAUGUAAUGUAUGGUGAUUAACAUAACAAUAAAAAUAAUUACAAAGUCAAAAAAAUAAAAUAAAAUAUGGCGAUUGUGCUGAAGGGAUUAUGUUCUCCAGAACUUUGAAGAAAUAUGGAAUCGUUUGGUUUCUAGGAAAAACUAAUAUUUAAUUUUAAAUUUAGAUUCAUAAACAGAAGUCAUAACUUCCCAGCUUUCUAACCAUCCAGGAAAAUGUUGAUAUUAAAACAGAUGAUUAUUGUUCUCUACUCACAUGACCAUUAUGUUCAGGAGAAAACAAUCAGCUUUUUGUUAACUAGUGAGACAGGAAAUAAAUGAAAUCAAGCAUAAUGAGCAUUUACUUCAAGCAGCACAGAACAAUGAGAACUCCUCUCUCCUUCUGUCUAAAUCUCCACUCCAUUACCCCAGCUUCUUUAUCCCAUACUGUGGUAUUCUCAAAGGACAAAGUUGCAAAAGCUAGCUAGAUGAAGUUUUCCAAAGGAAAGAAGCAGAAGACUUCUAAUACUUGGUGAAGAAAGGUCCAUUAAGACAGAAAGAGAAAAAUGGCCAUGCCAGUCACUUAAAAUUAGCAAAGAGUUAAGCAAUGUUGCUUUAGAACAGAGACCAUAAAUUUUCUUUGAAAUGAAUAUGCAGAAUGUUUAGUUUCUCUUAUACAAAAUUGUUAUAUUCUUGUUGCUAAAAUCUGAAAGUGGAUUUCAUAUUUUAAACAUUGUAGCAAAACUACCAGUAAUCUUCCUGCAGUGUUAGGCUACAAUUUAAGAAUUGGUAAGGGCAAGAAAUGCCUUAGAAGAGCAAAACUAGGAAGAAAAAAAAGAAGUCAAAGAAAGAAAAAUUACUGAACACAUCAGGACAUGAUUAUGCUUUUCUUUUCAGAACUCGAUAGAUGUUCAAGUGUUUGGCAGAACUGGCUAUUACUGUGGUUUGGGAAAAUGUAAAAGAAUGUAAUAUUUGGUUUGUUUCUAGGGGUCCUUUCACAUUUUCAUUGCAACUAGAAUUUUAGCAGAAGCUUUACCUUUGAUCAGAAUUACAUCUGGCUUCUAGGAGAAUUAGAGUUUUCAUGAGCUGCUGGUUGACCUGGAGACAACCCCGCCAUUUAGAUGAGAACCAGCACUAUGUAAAUGCUCUAAUAUAUGUAGCAAUAAAGAAGGAGUCUGCCAUGCCUUUUCGUCAGCUUCAUACACUGCACAUUAAAAUUCUGUCACUGCAAGGUCAUAUUUCUCAGCUCUCAUCCUGCCACCCAGAGAAUGAAACCUUCUUCACAAAUGUAGA